GCAGGCUGAAGCAGCAGCAGCAGUAGCAGCAGCAUCCGCACCAGCAGCGCCGCCACAAAGAGAGCUCAGUGCUGCUUCAGGCUCGACUCUUCACUCCUCUUCUUCAGGGUUUGAGAUGCUGUGGCUCGGCGGCACGAUGUGCGGCUUAUCGGCCCUGCUCUCGGUGCUCUUCGCCGGGCUCGUGGCUGCGUCUUCGGAUCUGUUCGACAACCAACUGGGCGACAUCAAUUACUGCAAGAAGCAAUGCCAGCUCACCAUCAAAAACAAAAGCCCUGCUAAAGACUCCAUAAUGAAUGCCUGCCACCGCGGCUGCCGCCUCUACUCUAUUUGCCAGUUCGUCAAUGGCAACGCUGGCUUUAACACCAGCAGAGAGGAGUGUCAGGGAGCCUGCCAGGAGGCGUAUAUCAAGCUGCUGGAGCAGGAGGCCUGCAGCACUGGCUGUGCCAGCCAACCCUCUGAACCAGAGAUCAAGAGGAGGAAGCUCAGGGCCAUGACUCUUCGUCCUAAGCCCCCCUCUGUGAUGGAGGCCGUAUCCAGCUGGUGCAACGACAUCGUUAGCUCCGCCCAGAGCUUCAUCUCCUCCACCUGGACCUUCUACCUGCAGGCCGAUGAUGGCAAGGUUGUAGUUUUUCAGAGCCAGCCAGAGAUGGAGUACUCUUUACCCGAGCUCCAGGCCCCUCGCUCAAAUGUUGCAGACAAACCCUGGCCUCAGAUCCACUCUCACACCCAAAGGCCCCACGGUGUGAGGGGACAUGGGGAGAGGGGAUCAUCCAAAGCAGGGGGGAAAGGCAAACACCCCGUCCAGCACCCAGAGGACCCCACAGCUGAGCACGACUUCCUCGGCUGCAUGUCAAGACGCUCAGGCCUUCCACGGUGGAUCUUAGCAGCCUGUCUCUUCCUGUCCAUUAUGGUCAUGUUGUGGCUCAGCUGUGCCAGCCUGGUCACCGCACCAGAGCAGCACAUCAAGACACAGUUGAGCAUCAACGGAGACAAAGAGUUUCUGGAUAACUCCGUCAAAGUCAACCCAUACCACCUGAGUCCUGUGAUCGCCGUGGCUGUCAAACAAUCGGAGGAAAGUCAAGAGGCGGGGCCUUUGCCGGUGAAGGUUGACCUCAACAAAACAUGCGUUUAGAAUGGACCAAUGGGGAGCUGCCGUUUUGUUUCCCAUGGUCACUUUGUCCACAAUCCUUGGCCUGUGUGUGAAACAAACCCAACACAGGACUCACUGAGUCACCAGAGUUUUUGUAAGUCAUCUUUUUAAGAGCAUGGCACCCUCCUGUCAUUUAAAAUUACAAUAAUGAAACCUCUAGCUUUUUCCUGUUGGUCUGAUGCUACUUUACUUCCUUGUUCCAGAUUUGUUCCAAGUCCAUCUUUAGAUGAUUACAAACACUCACAGCCUGCUCAGUGCUUAUUAAUAACUUGGUGUGCAUGUCUCAGAGCUACAAUGGAGACGAGCAGGGAGGACAGAUUAAUGUAAGAGAUUUUCGAACAUGUUUUUUCUUUUCUAAAAAAAGAGACACAAGUCAGUUUAUUUUAGCUCUAAUUUUUCCACGUUCCCACAUAAAAGUUUGGAUUCAUUAAUAAGCUGCUGAGAAGAUUAAUGGAAGGUGGGUUAAGUACUUCAGCUUGUGAGUGCUGCAGGAAGCAGAUAAUGUAGCUCACAGUAGUUUAUGAUCUGUUUACAUAAUCGGCAUUAUGGGCUGUUUACUUACUCAGAAUGAAAUGAUGAACUGCUCUAGAAAUGCACGACCAAAUUUCCCCCCUCACAAGGUAAAACUACUUUCUAGUGAGCUUCACGUUCUCUCCAGAGAAACGAGAGCACACUAACUCAAACGAACUAAAAUAGUGUCUUUUGUCACGUUAUUCCACUGUGUGUAUGUGUUUGGGUAUGUCUGGGUGUGCGUGUGUGUGUGUGUGUGUGUGUGUGUGUGUGUGUGUGUGCAUCUUCAACACAACACAAUAUGUAUUUAAGGGGAACCAAUACUCAACACUCCUAUAACUGGAACUAGACAGAUAACUGCGCGCUCUUCUUGAUGCUGAUCCAAAAUAAACUUUUAUUUAUUGUCUUUGUAUUUAUUCAGUCAUCCACAUGAGUUAUCUGUUCAAGUGUUAUUGAAGUGCCAUGUACUGUACAUAUAACCAUCAUACAAAUGUAACCGCUCUGUAUGUAAAAUACAUUGUAACACAGAUUGCAUAGAGGGGAUAUUGCACCUAUUACUGUAUUACUACUAUAAUUAUAUUAUUGCUCUUAUAUCAAUUGAAGAGUUCUUAGCUGUGAUAUGUGCCAUGUGCUUUCUAACAGCUGCCUAUUUUGUAUGUCCUAGGAGCACACACUGAACGAUAACCUCUGUAACAAUGUGUACUGCAAAGCUUUGAUUAUUUUGUUAUCGACCAGAUAAUUGCACAGUCUUAUAGAGAAGAUUUUUCUUUUCCUCUCGAUGCUUUUGAUGUGUGUAAUGCUCUCUUUUCAUCCAAGCUGUGUAGACAAUAAACCGUGCAUGCAAGUGACGCUUCGAUAGUUUAUCUUUAACCGCCCGCCAUGCCCGUACGGCAAGCCUCUGCUGUAGACUUGUGAUUUUUUGUGUUACUAUUUACUGUAAACACUGAAUAGAAGACGUGACGAUGAUUGAGGAAUCACUCCCAUGAUUUACAGGAAGGACUCUGAAUAAUUAAAAAGCCAUUCAAUCAAUAUCUGUGCUGGUUCAAACUGAUAAUACAAGGAAUAUGAUAUGUUGUUUCCUUUUUACGCCGUCUGUUUCUUUUCAAUGAAAUGAUACUUACAACAUGAUGAAAUAAAGUGUUUUCAUUGUAAAUAA